AUGAAGAAACGACUGGUCCAAAUACUUGGCUUCUUGGUUUCGUCCCUGGGAUGGUUGUUUGUGCUGUGCACUAUGGCCAUGGACUACUGGAGGAUCACACAGUUGGGAGGACAAGGGGGCUCCUUCAUCAUCAGAGUGGCCUGGUACUGGUCCAACCUGUGGAAGGAUUGUUUCACUGAUUCCACCGCCGUCACCAACUGCAGAGACUUCCCUGUGCUCUGGACCGUCACCCCUUUCGUCCAGGGAGUUCGAGGAUUGCUAAUGUUCGGGUUAACGUUCGGAUUCUUUGCUGUAUUGCUUUGCUUUCUUGGGAUGGAGUGCACUUUUAUCGGUGGAGCUGAAAAAACCAAGGACAAAAUGGUUUUCGCCGGUGCAGUAUUCCAUGUGGUCGGAAGUGUAGCGAGUAUUGCUGCCUACUGCCUAUACAUCAACAGGGUUGCCAGAACAACCUUUGCUGCCAGUAUAGGACCAGGAGUCUUACGGUAUGACCUAGGACCGCCCAUAUUUCUUGGAUUAGCGGGAUGUUUCUUAAUCCUGUUGGGUGCUAUCUUUUAUGCUGUGACAGUCUGCAGAGCAAUAUGGCCUAAAAGUAAAGGGGUUUAUUCCUAUCAAGGAGGCACAUACAUGGUCCCUCGCUCCAGAGGACAAACGUACACUGGAUACUACAGACCCUCAUUGCAGUACGGAUCUUACCUUGGCUCAGGACGGUCCAACAGCUCCAAGAUCUCACAGCUCUCUCAGACAACACCGACCACCAAAAUCUCAGAAAGAGAUGCAUUUGUUUAA